CAUUUACCGGAUAUUGAGCGGCCGCUCAGAAUAAGCAUCGAAGGUCCGCGACAAUCGAUUAGAAAGCUAAUCCCGUCUGCUGUAUGUGAUACUCGCAACUUUGACGGGAAGUUUCCUCAGGAAGCUGGGCCAGCACUCGCAGCGCUGACAUUUCGGCACGUUUACGGGGUGAGCGUCCGUUCUCAUGUCCCUGGUGACAUGGUCGUACGAGACGAGUACAUUGGGUGGAAUACAUGGGAUGAAAUAACUAGCGACUCUGACUAUUAUGGGGUGACGCUUGAUCAUCUUGUUCCCAUGGACGACGCCGAUCCGGAAGUACUACAAAUCAACAUCAUCGAGGUGGAGUCUGAUCAAGGAAAGACCGCCAACGAAUACGUGAGCUUUCCGGUUGAUGCACUGGAAUAUACAGGAAAGAGAGUAUUGGCCGUUCCCAGAUGUUGUCAGAAACGAAAGGGCACUACAGAUCGUGCAAGGGUCAAUAACGGUGUUUUGCACAGGGAUGGGCAUCCCAACCCGCGGAUGCAAAGCAAGUAA